CAGAAGCCCUUUGCUCGUAAACAGCCCCAGAGGGGACAGAGGGCAGGGGAAGAAACGGUAGCCGCCGUCGGGGACCUCUUUCAGGGGCACAAGUUAAUGACCAACCAAGAUCAACACAUCUGGAGAGGGGUUCCCAAGCAGAGAGCCCAGGGAGCAGACCAACGGAGGAGGAGGACGACGACACGGGAGACGGCAGGAUGAGGAGCCUGCUUGCCCUGGUCCUGAGCCUUCUGGCCCUGGUGGACGUCAGCUGGACAUCUGUCCAGGACAAGGCUCGGGACAAGGCUCGGGACCUGGUGCUAGAGUUUUUCCAUAACCGGAGUCUUGUGCAGUACCUGUUCAAGGAGCGAGCCAUGACUGCCCUCAACAUGGAGGAGUUCCCCAUGGGGACCUACAUCCGUCUGCAGGUCGAACUGGAUCAGACGGUCUGCAGGAAAAGCCAACGGAGGACCGAAAACUGCCAGAUCAAAUCCAGAGGGAGGAAACAGACUUGCUUGGCUUGUUUCAAGUUUGACUCCAUUAACGAGGAGCGUGUGCUGGACCAAGCAAUCCACUGCCUCUCUCCGCAGAACAGCAACUUCCAGCACGCAAAGACCAUUCACGAGCAGAACUGCGAGGAAGUCAAGAAAGCCAACGAACAAUACUACCAGCCAGGCAGGUUUGCCUUUUCCAGAGGGCGCCAGUCUUAGAAAGGGGUCGGCAGUGCCUGAUGGGGAUGACAUUGAAUGGGCUGUUCUCUGCCGGCCAAGGUAAGAAGCCAUCAUCCUUCUUGCGGAGACAAGCAGAACCCCCCAUCAGUUUGGGUCUAGCCGUCACGGGGACAGAAACACCCGUCCUAGAAGAGGCUGCGCCUGAGUGCUUGUCUCAAAGCCCAGCUCUUAUUCUCUCUUUCUCUCUUCCCCUAAUAAAACUGUACAUGAAGAUUUCGUA